AUGGAAAAUUCAACCGGGAAUGAGUCAGCAACCUUAAAUGAUCGGAUGUCUGCAGUGGAGUCUAAAAUGGCUGAAAUAAGUGACAUGAUGAAAUUGCUAACAGAGGCUCUAAAAGGACGGAGUGAUGAUAACCCACCACGAAAUACCGUAGCAGAUGAGAACGCGGUUAAUAGAACAAUUGAGCCAAACAGAGGAUCAGAUCCUAAAGUACCCACGCCAGAGAAACAAGAUUCUGGGAUAGGGGCCUUUAACAUACCGGAUGGUCCUGGGGAAGAUCAUGCCUACAUGUUCCAAAUCCCACAAGUGCUACAUAAAGAGAAGGAGUUGAAAGAAGAACUUGGAGAGAUGAAAGAUCAAUUGAAGGCUCUUCAAGGAUCAAACACGUGGGGUUCCUUAGACUUGAAAGAAUUAUGUUUGACCCCAGAAAUCGAUAUGUCCAUAUGGUCACAAGAUGAGAAGUUUCUGAUAAACUUCUUUCCCGAAAGCUUAACUGGAGCCGCAUUGACUUGGUACAUGCAACUAGACCAAACCAAGAUUAAAAGAUGGAAAGACCUUGUGGAUGUUUUCAUGAGACAAUACAAGUUCAAUCUUGAUACUGCUCCGACCAGAGAACAAUUGAAAGCAAUGACCAAGAAAUCAUUAGAGUCAUUCAAAGAAUAUGCUCAAAGAUGGAGAAUAGUGGCUUCGCAAGUGCAACCUCCAAUGGUUAAUUCCGAACUUUGCUCGUACUUCAUCCGUGCGUUGCCUAAGCCAUUUUACCAACACAUGAUAGGAACACAUGUCACUGAUUUUGCUGAUUUAAUGGUAAUUGGGGAAAGGAUUGACAUAGACAUACGAGAAGGGAAGAUAGCCACUUCUCAAGCUGAAAGUAGUUCACGAAAGAACUAUGACCAAAAAAAGAAAGAAGGGAAUGUGAACUAUAUUCAACCUAUAAGACAAGCAGCUACCAAUUCUCAAGUCCCUUAUCAAGUAGAGGGAAGGAAUCAAAGACAGCAACAAUUUGGGUUCAGGCCUAACAAGCACGGACAGGAUGGAGAGAGGAGAAAUGUCCAAUCCAGGGAUAGUCGCCCAUGGCCCAAUUUUGGAUUAACAAAUGCUGAAUUGUACCAUAAACUUUUGACAGCCCAAUUAUUAGGUCCGCGACCUUAUAAGCCUCUUGGUCCGCCUUACCCGGCAUGGUAUAAUCCAAAUGUUCUUAAAGAAGAGGGAAGCUCUACCCUUACUACUGAUCCACUCCCAAAUCACGAAAAACGAGUCAACGCUAUUGAAGAAGAAGAUGCGUGCUUCAAAAGCUCCGCAAGAAUCAGGAUGCCUAUGAAUGAGCUUUAUGCUCAUUUAAAGGAGUAUGGCUAUAUGCGAGAAAUGCUCCUCACGAAUAAUAUCAGUGAUCAAAUGCCUGGAUACUGUGAAUAUCAUCAAGAGAAAAUAGGCCAUGACAUAGAAAGUUGUGAACAGUUUAAAGGAGCUGUUAGAAAAAUGAUGGCGUUAGGGAUCGUGUCUGUAAAGAGGGGAGACGCCAAAGUGUGCAUGGUAGAAAAAAAACAUGUUGAGCUUGUCAUUAAAAAUUUGAGCCCAAAAGAACGGGUUCAGGCAGUCUCUUUUGUGAUAAACAAAGCCUCUGCAGAUCUUGUACCUCACGUAAGACAACCAACAUUGACCAUAAGCACGCCUCAUCCCUUUCCCUAUGAAAGUGAUCGAGCAGUCCCGUGGAAAUAUCAAAGCAUUGUGGAGAACCACAAAAACCCAACGUUGAUUGCGGGACAAGCAAUGAAAUGGCCAACCAAGGGGGUGUUACUCGAAGUGGAAAACCAUACUUACCAUCUUACAUUAGGAAAAUGGUAA